GAAGCAAAAGGUUAUGGGCCAAAAAUGAUAAUAUCAAGUUAUUCAAUUACAACAACGUAACACGCGAGGUUGCGGAUAAUAGUUUAGUUUGUCGGCAGUUCUCCCUCUAGCUCAUUAUUUACCGGAGUGUUAUGUCAACGUCUUUGCGGUGGUGUUGAAGUUUGAACUUGACAACCAAAAAGUGAACGUGCACGUCUAAUGGUAAAAGUAGGUCAGUUCUUUCGUGGUCGAUAUUAAUGUUAUAGUACUGAACUCGAGCCGUCUCACAACAAUCAAAGUUUUCAUGUUGUUAAGUCGUUAUUUUAAAAGCAAGCCAGUUGAACUUUCUAUUAAGUCACCAUUAGUAACUUUUAAGUUGGACCAGUAUCAGUAAACCUAUCGUUGUAAUUCUAUACAAUCAGCGAGCCCUUGUGCUGUCAAUGUUUGGUAAAGCCAGUGGUUACUAUAAUCUAGAACGUGCCAAUAUGAAUAAUUUAGAUGAAGCUUUGACCCUUAUCAAGGCGUCCUUGAAUUCCCCUCAAAUGGACGUCGAGGGAGCUCAUUAUGAUCAAAAUAUUACUCACUUGAUAGUCGUUAUGGGUGCUUCAGGUGAUUUGGCUAAAAAAAAAAUUUAUCCUACUCUUUGGAUGUUGUUCAGAGAUAGCUUAAUACCAGAAAAAACUUAUAUCUAUGGAUAUUCCCGAUCAAAGCUAACCAUGGAUCAAAUUAAGGCUAACUGUACACCAUAUUUAAAAUGUAGUGAACAUGAGAAAGAUCGUCUUGCUGAUUUUUGGUCUUAUAAUUUCUAUGUCAGUGGAUCAUAUGAUGCUGUUUCUGAUUAUCAGAAUUUGAGUAACAAACUUGCUAGUCACGAAUCAUCAGGACCAUCAAAUAGAUUAUUUUAUCUAGCCAUUCCUCCAUCUCUAUUUGAACAAACUACUACUCAUAUUCAGGAAACAUGUAUGAACAACAAGGGUUGGUCUCGUAUUAUUAUUGAAAAACCAUUUGGGCGAGAUGCUGACAGUUCUGAAAAACUUAGUAGUCAUUUAGCCAAACUAUUUAGUGAAGAUCAAGUUUAUCGUAUAGAUCAUUACCUUGGAAAAGAAAUGGUACAGAAUUUAAUGACGUUACGGUUUGGAAAUCGAAUGUUCAGUACUGGGUGGAAUAGAGAUAAUAUUGCUCAGGUUCAAAUUACUUUUAAAGAACCUUUUGGAACAGAAGGACGUGGUGGUUAUUUUGAUAGCUUUGGAAUUAUAAGAGAUGUUAUGCAAAAUCAUUUACUUCAAAUUCUUAGUUUGUUAGCCAUGGAAAAACCUGCAACAAUUCAUCCCGAUGAUGUUCGAAAUGAAAAAGUUAAAGUUUUGAAGUGUAUUCCACAAGUUCAACUAUCAGAUGUAGUUCUUGGACAAUAUGUUGGAAACCCAGAAGCUACCGAGGAUCAUAAAAAGUUUGGAUAUUGCGAUGACAAAACUGUGCCAGAAGGUUCAAAAACGGCUACAUAUGCAUCAGCUGUACUUAAAAUAAACAAUGAACGUUGGGACGGUGUGCCAUUCAUUUUGAAAUGUGGAAAAGCUUUAAAUGAACGAAAGGCUGAAAUACGUCUUCAGUAUCAUGAUGUACCUGGAGAUAUUUUUGGUGGAGUUUUGAAAAGAAAUGAACUUGUAAUUAGAGUACAACCUGAUGAAGCUGUUUACAUAAAAAUGAUGACUAAACGACCAGGAAUUGGAUUUGAAAUGGAAGAAACUGAAUUAGAUCUUUCUUACAAUAGUCGUUAUAAGAAUGUCAAGUUGCCCGAUGCAUAUGAAAGACUGAUUCUUGAUGUUUUCUGUGGUUCACAAAUGCACUUUGUGCGUUCAGAUGAAUUGUCAGAAGCUUGGCGUAUAUUCACCCCUCUUUUACAUGAGAUUGAAGCAACUAACCCUACUCCAAUACCCUAUAAAUAUGGUACUCGUGGUCCAACUGAAGGAGACCAACUUGCUCUUAAACAUAACUUUAAAUAUUAUGGAUCAUACAAAUGGAUAAAACCAUAAAGAAAUCUUAUAACAUCAUUUUUAGUUCAUGCAAUGAAAUUUAUUUAUGAGGAUUUGUGAUGCAUAAUAAACUAUGUUUAUACUUUUAAUAUUUUGUUUUUAAAUAACAUUUUAGGUCGUUCCAAAAUAUAUUUAUUUGAUUUUUUUUUUUUAUUAGAACUAUGUAAUUUUUUUGUAAAAAUGUAUUUACUAUAUAUAUUUUUGAAUUAUCUUAUAAAUUGUACUAAUGAAUAAAUUUUUGUGAUGUAUACCAUUAUUAUUUUUAAUAAGCAAUAAUUAUUGAAAAAAAGGAUUAAUCUUAUUUCUUACACCAUACAGACACUGAAAUUUAAGAAUAAAAAUAAAUUUAUCAAUGUUUUUUUUAUAUUUCAUUCAGUAUUAUUUUAAUUUUUGAUCCAUCAUGCUAUAAUAUUUCAUGACUUAAUAUUCAAAGUAUAAUUAUAUCAUAUUUGAAGUAUUAAGAAAUGUUUUUCUGUAAUAUUUAAAUUAAUUAUUAUUUUAACAGGGUAUGGUACAAUGAUUGUUAUAUGUUGUUUGUUAAAAGACAAUGCUAUGCAUUAAAAAAUGUUAAGUGUUAAUUUUUUUUAUUCAAAUAGUGUACUUUUGUGACAGGGUAAUUAAAUUGUUGUUAAAAUCUCGCAGAUUUCAUAUUUUUAAAUGAAAUAUAUAUUAAUAUCUUUAAAUGAA